GUGACAACUGAACUGCUACUGGUGACCAAUCCCCCUCCGGAUAGUAUUUCUGGAAACAGGUCAACACUUGACUUCACCUUUAACAGUAUCAUUUAUUCCGUUUUCUUUAAAGUUAGCCCAAGUAUUUUACCCUUAAUUGUGGUCAAGAUAAUCACCUCUGGGACACACUUUGCGACGUAGGUCGUCAUCUUUGGAGAAUGGCAGAUUUCGACAGUAACCCGUUCGCGGACCCGGAGUUAAACAACCCAUUUCAGGAUCCAUCAGUGACACAAGUGAGACAAGCCACACCUGCUGGGUUAGAGGACUACAAUCCCUUCACAGAUGCCAAACCAACACCUGCAGGGAUGGCACCCAGAACUACAGGCCCAACAGGCAGCACACAACCUGCCAUCAUGAAACCUACCGAGGAGCCUCCAGCCUACUCGCAGCCUCAGGGACAGGAGCCAUCGCGAGCCGCUACUGAGCUGCUGAGGCGGCAGGAGGAGCUGGAAAAAAAGGCUGCAGAGCUGGACCGUCGGGAGAGAGAGAUGCAGUCGCUCAGUGCCUCAGGAGGGAGGAAAAACAAUUGGCCCCCACUCCCAGAGAACUUGCCUGUGGGUCCGUGUUUCUACCACGACAUCACCGUGGAUAUUCCUGUAGAGUUUCAGAAGACGGUCAAAAUCAUGUACUACCUCUGGAUGCUUCACAGUGGGACGUUGCUGGCCAACAUGGUGGGCUGCCUGGCCUGGUUCUGUGUGGAUCCAGGACGUGGAGUGGAUUUUGGCUUGUCCAUCCUCUGGCUUUUGCUCUUUACACCAUGUUCUUUUGUCUGCUGGUACAGACCACUUUAUGGAGCCUUCAGGAGUGACAGCUCCUUCAGAUUUUUUGUUUUCUUCUUUGUAUACAUCUGCCAGUUUGGCAUCUAUGUUGUCCAGUGCAUUGGAAUCAGUGGUUGGGGCGCAAGUGGGUGGAUCUCCGCUUUGACUGGCCUGAAUAAGAGCAUCCCAGUGGGCAUUAUUAUGAUCCUCAUAGCAGCUCUUUUUACAUCACUGGCUGUGCUGUCCCUCAUCAUGUUCAAAAAGGUCCAUGCAAUGUACCGCACCACCGGCGCCAGCUUUGAGAAGGCCCAGCAGGAGUUCGCCACAGGCGUCAUGUCCAACAAGACCGUCCAGACGGCUGCUGCUAAUGCUGCAUCCAGAGCUGCACAAGAAACCUUCAAGGAGCAGGUCUGAGUUGUUCCUCUGUCCAUCCAGCUCUCCCCUCCCCUCCUCUGACCCCGUCCCUUGUUGAACACAUGGACAGUCCUGCAGCCUUCUGACCGUACUGAGGUGGUUAAUGAGCUACUCCUGACUCAUCCGUCAGCUGUAAUCUGUAACUUGAAUGAGAGAAAGCAACCACUUGGAACUGGCCUGGCCCUGGCAACGUUGUGCACUCUGGGACCCCUCACCUACUCUGCACUUGUAUUGAUCAACCAGCGUGCUCAAUUUCCUCUGUGUGGGUUUUUGUAUAUAUAUAUUUGUGUGUGUGUGGCCAAGCUCAUGAAUGCUUGUGUGCCUUUUUAAAUGUUUUUCUGCCUUCAUACAAGCUGUCUGUUAACGAAUUGUAAUGCAGCUGGGCCGACUCCCUCUGCAAUCACCCGAGCAUUUCUCCUCGUAAGCCAUUUUUGGCUUCUUUUCAACCCAGUCUCUGAUCCCUGUUUUUAAAAUUUCUUUAUUAUCAAGCAAAAGAAGUUCAUACAUGUGCACCUAUAUCAAAGCGAGCUUUGAUUUAUCUGUUUGGCUGAAGUUUUGAAUUGUUUUCUGAGAGAAUUGCUUCUCUCAGAAUCUUAUGAAACAGUUUCUUUAAAGCUUCUUUAAAGUGGUGCUUUUCCCAAAAUCUCACUAUUCAACUACCACUUACCUUUGAAAGACUGUAUGCUUAAGACUUUCACUCCAUUCAGUUGUAAAAAAAUGAAAAUACUCAGUUUAAGUUGCAUGUAAGAAGCUUGCAUCAAGAAAACAUUUGGUACGUGAAGCUGUAGUGGCAGUGUUGUCCUGUAGGUGGCAGUGUUGCUCAGUUAACAGCUUUGGCCCACCUGAAACAUCUCAUCAUCAGAAAUGAGCACUUCCUGACUUUUCUACUAGUGCCUCCAAGAGAUCACUUUGGUGAAAUGUCUAUAGUUUUCUAAGUUUUAUUUGCCUUGAGGCCAAAGUUAAACAUUUGAUUUAAAAACCUAAAAGAUUCAGCCUUAACUAUACUUUAAGUUAAAUAAUUAGCAAAAAUUGGCAUGUGAGAUGUAACUCCAGUAAUUUAUCAGCUAUCAAAAAAUGUAUUAAAAAUAUUUCCUAUUAAUUUCUUGUAUUAGUAUCUAUUGAUGUUUGGGUUAGAAAACAUUAGAAAAGAAAUGAACUGAAGGUGGUGUCUCAGACCAGGCAGCACAAACAGAUUCAGCAAGAUUUGCAUCCUUUUUUUCUACUGCUAAAGUUGAUCAUAGCUGCCAUUUUUGAGGCAGUGCUUGAUUUAUCACUUUUUCUAAACUAUUUUUGCCUGUUUUGAGCUGCAUAUCUAUUGUGAAAUCCCACAAACUGCACUUUAAAUCUGCUCUCUGGAGUCUGCACAUUGCAUGUGCAUAUAAACAUAUAUUUAUAACAUUGGUCUCAUACCUUUGUAAUCAUUAGUGCAGAUUUUUGUACAUGCAUCGGAGUUUUUUCCCCUAAAAGUAAAACAUAAAUGUCCAAAUUAGUAAACAGUCCACUUUCCUGUAUGUAGUAGGUAUGCAUGUAUGUUUUUUUGUUGUUUAACAUGAAAAAAUAUAUUUUAUCUUCAGCUUUUCUUGUGCUGCAGGUUUUCCUCAGCUUUACUCAGGAUGCUCUUUACCAUCAUUAAAACAUUUGAGACAGUGCAAGAUUAUAAAAAUGUGAAGACUAGCUCUUAAAUGUAUCUACUGUAAAUCAUUGUACUGCAAUAACAGUUACUUAAAAAGAUAGAAUAAAGGGCCAGUAAUGUAAUAUUAGUUUUUGCUUUCUCCAUUUUUGAUUUUGAUAAGCAUGUUGAUUAUCACUGACCUCCAGCAAAAACAAUCAAAUCUAAUGUUAUUUUCUUUAUUUUAAUUAUACACUCAAAAUAUAUUAAAAAAAAAAUCCAGAGUAUAUAAUUUUCUAAACUGUCUCUAAAUGUGUAGUUUUUCUACAUACUGCACAAGCUGCAAAGUGCUUCUGAGAAUCUGUGUUGGGUCGCUGUGUGUGUUGCGUUUUUGCAUUAAAGCCAGUUAUUAGCCUUUAUCUGGAUGUGUUUGAAUGGGUGUAAAUGGAAAAAAUUGGGCCUUUAAGUCUUAAAGUGCAGAACAGAGUCUGUGAUCGGUCAUGACUUCAUCUCUGCAACAUGCCUUGUUUUAGUCCAACCCCACUGAAAUUACAAGAUUAUUCUUGAAAGGAAUCAGACUGGAUGGUACCUGCAGGUUUAGGAUGAUGUUUCUGACUUGUGAAAGUGAGAAGGUGUGAACUGUGAUGUGCUAGAUGGACUAUGACUUUAGAUUUUGUUUUAUUGUCAACAUGUUAUAUGGUAGAAAUACACUGAAAGUCCAAUUUGCAUUUCCAUAACCCUAUCUGAUGACUGCAUUUUAAUUAAACAUUUGACAAAAAAAUAUUAAUGAUUUUUUUUGUAUAUUUUGUAUGAUUUACAGAUGGUUUGCUAUUUGGUGUCAUUUUAAGAUGAUCUCUGGUUUGACCUUCAGUCGCAUGUUGAGUAGAUUGAGUUGUAUAUUUAUUGUAUUAACACUGAAUAAAGUUCCUCUGUAUGUG